CGUCCGUCUUUGCUCCUUCGAAUCUUCCUUUCCGUGUUGUUGACCGUGUUCGCGACUUCUCAAAAUGGCAGGCCUGGCUUCCACCAUCUACAACUCCCUCAUCCGGAAGAACACUGUCUUCCUGACUACCAUCUUUGCCUCCGCCUUCGUCUUUGAACUUGGCUUCGACUCGAUCUCCAACCGAGUCUGGGACUCAUUCAACCAGGGCCGGCAAUGGAAGGACAUCCGUCACAAGUACGUCCAGGCCGAGGAGGACGAGGAGUAAGGAAGAACCAAUGGCAUAUUCUUGAGGAGCAGUCGGCAUUGUAUUGCUAAGUCGCAUGCCGAAGACUUAGAGCGGGAUCAUUAGAUUGUGUAUUAUAUCAAGAGAUCCAAAUUACUGUCCAUAUCCUUGGACCGCGUUCUCAACAUGUAUCCGUGAUAAAUUGAAGAUAUGCGCCGAUGAGAGGACGAAGCGUUGCGAC